AUGACCACUGAAGUGUAUGGAUCGCAGACCGUUGAUGCUUGUUUUCAAAAUAUUACAAACUUUUGUCAAAAUGAAAGCAUUUGCAAUUCUGGCAUUUGUAUUCUGGAUGGAUCGAAUUAUUUUUGUAAAUGUCCUGAUAAUUAUUUUGGUUCACAUUGUGAAAUACCAUUUAACAGUUGCACAUCGAAUCCAUGUUUCAAUAAUGGAAAAUGCAUUUCCAAUUUCGAAUAUGGAAAUUAUACAUGUGAUUGCGCGGAAGGUUAUCAAGGAACGACUUGUGAAAUGGAACAUUGUGUGAAAAAAUUUUGUAGGAAUGGGGGUACUUGUAUUCGAGAAGAUUCACAAGAGUUUUGUAUUUGUGAUCAAAAUUUUUAUGGCGAAUUUUGCGAGCGUAUUGAAAAUUAUUGUUUAUACAAUUUUUGUGAAAAUAAUAGUACAUGUGUGGAAUCAUAUGACGAUUACAAGUGUAUUUGUAAAAAUGGAUUUCUUGGCAAACGUUGUCAUAUUCUACCAUGUGACUAUUUACCCUGCUCAGAAAAUGCCACUUGUAUUAAUCAAGAUCAUGGAAAUAUAACAUCUAGAAACUCUUACAAGUGUGAAUGUCCUUUGGGAUUUGAAGGACCUAAUUGUUUGGUAAAAAUUGACUAUUGUGCAAAAUUUCCAUGCUUAAAUCAUGGCAUCUGCAUAAAUAUGGAAAAUAAUUUUAAAUGUGGUUGUAUUGUACCCUUUACAGGAAAAAUCUGUGAAACUAAACUAGAUUCAAAUUUUAUGUUGUCAUUUUCACAGUCUAGUAUUACCGAUUUUGUAAAACUACCUGGUCCAUUGUUUAGUCUAUCUGAGAUUUCAACCUGCUUAUGGAUUCAAACUUUUGAUACGGACAAUUAUGGAACUAUGAUUUCAUAUGCAACUAAAGAAUACGAUAAUGCAUUUACAAUAACAGAUUAUAAUGGUAUUGUGUUGUACAUAAAUAAUGACUUUAAAGUAACGGACAUAUUUCUAAAUGAUGGUCGCUGGCAUUUUCUUUGUAUCACAUGGUCAUCGUUUCGUGGAGAAUAUUCAAUUUAUGUUGAUGGAGAAUUAAAAGAAAGCGGGCAUAAUUUUGGAACAAAACAAAAAAUUAAUGGCAAUGGUACUUUUGUUCUUGGUCAGGAACAAGAUGUACAAGGUGGAAAGUUCAGUCAAGCUGAAUCAUUUACAGGAAAAAUGACAAAUUUAGAUAUGUGGUACCGUACUUUAAAUCAGAAUGAAGUUUUGAAAUUUUAUGAAACUUGUCAUCCAUAUUAUGGAAACCUUUUAUUUUGGGGCGAAAUAAGAUCAUACAUCAGUGGAAACGUACAGAUUGAACAUUGGCCAUUUUGUGGAAUUUGCGUUGCACCGAAAUCAAUAAAAAAUGGCGUGGUAAUUGUUGAAAAUAAUGUGGCCACGUAUACUUGUCGAAGUGGAUUUAGAUUAUAUUACAAAGGAACUUAUCAUGAUCAAAUAUCGCGUAUUUGUACAAAGACUACCGAAUGGGAAGGAAUUAUUGAGCCAACAUGUCAAAUUGUUGAAUGUAAUUACCCGAACAUGGUUGAAAAUGGAUUCUUUAUUGGAUCUCAUUUCGAAUAUGGUAAUACCAUAAUUUAUCAUUGUAAUGAGGGAUAUAGGUUGGUUGGAGAGCUUGUGUUGCAUUGUUUGGAAAGCGGACAUUGGUCUUCGCCUCCCCCUUAUUGUUUAGGUCCACAGUGUCCCAGUUUGGAGCAGCCAGGAAACAGUAGAAUGACAAUAUUUCUCUAUAAAAGGUCACAUAUUAUAAAAAAUACUUUUGAUGUGGGUACAAAAAUUGAAUUUAAAUGUUUGGAUGGUACUUACCUUGAAGGUGAAAGUUUGAUAACUUGCAUGGAAAAUGAAACUUGGAGCUCUAAUGUUCCUAUGUGCAAAGAAAUCAUCGUGGACAACACCGAAUCUUUCAAAGUUAGAAAUUCUGUCAAUUCAAAACAAACAACAUUAAUAGCUGGCAAAGAGUUAAAGUUUGAUUUUAAACUCUCAACGAUUAAACCUAUUGCCACAGAAAAAGUUAUCCAUUCCAAUAUAUUAACAGAAUCGACAUUUGCUUCAACUGACCAACAAAUGGACGAUUUCAGGUCCUCAACAAAUACAGAUAUUGUGACGGAUAAAGUUUUAACUAGUGACAAAUCGACAGAAUCGAUAUUUACUCCAACCGACAAGCAAAUGGAAGAUUUAAGACUCUCAACAACUACAGAAAUUGUGCAGGAAAAAGUUUCAAUUUCCAGUGAAUCGGCAGAGUCGUCAGAUACCACAACUGAUCGACAAAUGAACGAUUUCAGUUUCUCAAUAAAUACAAAUAUUGUAACAGAAAAGUUUUUAAUUUCUAGUAAAUCAACGGAAUCCAAAUUUACCACAACCGACAAACCAAUGGAUGAUUUUAGGCUUUCAACGAAUAAUGACAUUACAAUGACAACAGAAUCGUCAUUCACAACAACGGACGAAGUUUACUAUUCUAGACUUUCAACGACCAAACAAAAUUUUACGAAUGUUUUAAGGAUUUUAGCUGUUACAGCAAUCGAUAAUGUAACUGAGACUACUAGUCAUAGAACAAUUUAUUCUGAAAUUGUGUCAGAAAAUGUUCCUGCGACAAUUACUACUCAAAUUAACGAGUUACCUGAGAUAUUUUCAAUAGAUGACGUGGCGAUUACUGACGAAGAUUAUUCAACCAUAAUGAUGAAUACAGUAAUGGAGCCCGUAUUUUGUGAAAGUACUAUUUUGCCCCAAAAUCCCUUACAUACUACGUUCUUAAUCGAAAAUUUACAUCCUACUUAUGAAGUUGGAACAAAAUUGGAGUUUCAAUGUCAACCCGGUUUUAAAUACGUAACUGUAAACUUUACUGAAUGUUUAGCGAAUGGGUUGUGGAGUAUAAAUGAAUAUUUUUGUAAACCUAUAGUAUGCAAAUUACCACCUAGACCAAAAGUAAUGGUGUUACUUAACGAGAAAAGUUCAUAUAAAACCGGUGAUAUUGUAAAUUAUGCAUGUAACGAUGGAUUUAAGGGAUAUGGAAAAGGCAGCAUACGAUGUUUACCUUCUGGAAGUUGGACAAGAAUUCUACUCCGAUGUGCAAAGAUAAGUUGUGGGAAACCAAAGUUAUUAAAAGAGGCGAGGAUAAUUGGCAACUCAUUUUUGUACAUGGAUACAGUUAAAAUAGAAUGUUUGGAAUAUUCAACGAAGAAAGUGUUUGAGAUACAAUGUUAUCCAAAUGGAAAAUGGAUGCCCAACGUAGAAUGUUAG